AUGCAGAGAGAAGCACAGCAAGUCCGAAGACCCAGAAACACCCAAGGAGCCAAUGUGCCCCAGAGGCAGAGGCAGGAAGACCAAAGGGCCUCAGCAGGUCUUUCCUAUGACCGAUGGACUGAUCCUGAAAUCAGUGUCUUCCUGCAGGAGUGGGAACAUGUUGAGCAGGAAGUCGGCCACCCAGGCAGAAAGAUCCACAAGAAGACCAGACUGAUUUGCCAGCACCUCCGCCAACGAGGCCUGAGGAAGAGCUGGACAAGCUGUUUCAACCUGCUGCUCACCAUGCAGAACCUGCACAAGACUCUCUGUGACAAGAGACCAGGGAUCGAACCCUUGUUCUCUCCUUAUGCAGAGGCCCUGUACAGGAUCCUGGGCCCCAGGGACCCGAGAAGCCAAGUGCCAGAUCCUCCCUAUGAAGGGGCUGGUAACCUUCAGUUUCUGAUGCACCCUCCACCUCCCAUGGCAUUCCUGCCUCCCGAGUACCAGCCUUGGAGUUUAGGCAUUCAAGCACCUUCUGGAGAGCCUGAAUGGAACCCGCCACUGACGAUGUCCACGGAGGGGUCACUGGUUCCCAGAUGA